AGUUCCUAUUUGUCAGCAGAAUGAGUACAGAAAGAGACUCCGAAACAACAUUUGAGGAGGAUUCUCAACCUAACGAUGAAGUGGUUCCCUACAGUGACGAUGAAACAGAAGAUGAACUUGACGACCACGAGCCUCCGGUUGAGCCAGAACAGAACCGGGUCAACAGAGAAGCAGAGGAAAACCAGGAACCGGUCAGAAAAGAUUGUACAUGGCAAGUCAAAGCAAAUGAUCGAAGCUUCCAUGAACAACCUGAUUUUAUGAACACAAAGUUUUUGUGUCUUAAGGAGAGCAAAUAUGCGAAUAAUGCAAUUAAAACAUACAAGUACAAUGCGUUUACCUUUCUACCAAUGAAUUUGUUUGAGCAGUUCAAGAGAGCAGCCAAUUUCUAUUUCCUGGUUCUUCUUAUCUUGCAG